AUGAGUUGGCAUAAUCAAUCCAAUAAGAAUUCUAACAAUGAUGAUGAAUAUGGUAAUAAAAAUUUCAAACAAUAUGAAAUCAAAGAAGGUAUUGCAUUUUUAAUUGAAAUAACUCCAGAAUUAUUAAUUCCUCAAUCUAAUUUAAAUUCUCAUAGUCAAUUAUUUGAAAUUUUAUCAAGUAUUAAUGAUUUAAUGCAAGAAUUAAUUAUUACUUCUAGAAGCACUGGGAUUGGAAUAUAUUUUUAUAAUUGUGCUAAAUCAAAUAAAUUAUCAUCAAUGAAAAAUACUAAUUGUACUGGAUUUGAACGAUUAUUUCAUUUAAAUGUAUUAAAUUUACAAAAUAUGAAAAAAUUGAAUGAUUUAAUUCAAGAUGAUAUAAAUAAUAUUAAAUCAAUUGAUGAAAUUUUUAAAUAUCAACCAUUAAAGAAAAUUGACUUGAAAGUGGGGAAACAAUCACAUUCUGAAACCCAAACCCAGACUCAAACGCAAACACAGUCAUCACAUACUAUACAAGAAACUCAAUUGACAGUGGUUUUGAAUAAAAUGAUUGAUGAAUUCAUUAAUAAAAGAGAAUUCAAUAAACGAAGAAUGGUUUGGAUUACAACAAACGAUAAACCAUAUCAUGAAGAAUCAGAACGAGAAGCACUAUGGAGAACAAUUGAUGAUUUUUAUUAUUAUGGAUUUUUCAUAGAACCAUUAUUUCUAUCUACCAAUGAACAAAAACCAUUUGAUUUUGAGUUGUAUAAAGAUAUUUUCAUGAAUACUAAUUAUUUGAAAAAAAGUCAAGAAAAUCUGGAAAGUUUACGUCAUACAGCUCAUGCAAAUUAUGAUAAUAAUGAUGGUAACCUCGGUGACGAUAACAAUAAUGAUGAUGAUAAAAAUCUUAUUAAACCAAGUGGUGGAUUUUCUAAAGAUAGUAUCAUUUUCAAGAAAUCAGUUGUUGGUGAUCAAAUUAGGAAAAGUAUAUUCAGAAUCAAAGAAGUUAGACGAAUACAAUUUACUUGUGAUUUAAUUCUAAGUGAUAAUGGUAAAAUUGGUGGGGGAUUUGGUUGUACUGUCAAAGGAUACAUGUUAUAUUCUCAUGAGAAAAUCAAUCGUAAUGAAUUAUUACUUUAUACAAGAUCAGAAACUCUUAAAAGAGUGUUUUCAAGUUCUAAAUUGAUGCAAAAUGGAAAAGCUAUUGAAAUAGCAAAAGAUACAGGCAAACUGUAUCAAGAUCGUAAAGAGGAAGCAGGAAUUAGAAAAGGAUUUGAGAUUGGUGGUGGACAAGAUAUUAUCAUAUUAAAUAAACAACAAUUGGAAUUUCUAACCAAUUAUUCAUUUGAUCAUAGAUUGAAAGAUAGUGAUGAUGAGGACAAUGAGGAUGGGAAUGAUAGUUUAGAAACAGAUAUAUCUGAUGAUGACGACGAAGAAGGAGGAGCUGGUGGGACUGGAGGAGAAACAAAGCCCGUAUCAUUUUCAAAACCUCCAUAUUUGAAACUAAUUGGGUUUAGAGACAUUUCCCAUUUCAGCCCUGUCUAUUCAUGUGGUGCCCCAAUUUUUGUUACUCCUGAUGUUGAUAAUGGAAUGAUAUCUUCGGCAGUUACUGGGGGAUUCACUAACUCUUUUAAAACAUUUGCUUCAUUGUAUCGAUCAUGUGUGAAAUUAAAUCAAUAUGCCAUUGUUUUGGGUUGCACCAGAAGUAAUUCUCGACCACGUUUAUAUGCCUUAUAUCCUACUCAUACAACAAACUCAUCCAAAAAUCCUUUACCAAAGAAUCUUGAUGAUGAAGUAGAUAAUGAUGACAAUCAAGAUGAAUUCCCACAAGGUUUUUUAUUAAUUAAGUUGCCUUGGCUUGAGGAUGUGAGAGCCUUGCCUGGAGAAUAUAUUAAAAAUACUCAACGAGAAGAAAUCCAUAAUGAUGACACAUUAAUUGAUAAUUUCAAACAAUUAUUACCUAAAUUUGAACUUCUGCAUUAUGAUCCUCGAGAAUUCCCCAAUGCGUCAUUAAAUUAUUUUUAUAAAGUUAUCAAACAUGAAAUUUUACAAAUGGAACUUAAACCUUCACAAAGACCAUUAAUGGAAAAUGAUAUAACGAUGCAAAAAUUAGCUCAAUUGAAAAAUUCAAUUAAUAAUGAUGAUACAGCUAUUGAAUUAUUACAAAAGAUUAAUUCGCGUAUGAAUGAGAUUGAUGCCACUGUUGGUGCUGAAGUUUUAAAAAGAAAACAAAUGGAAGAUAUGCAAAACAAUAAUAGUAAUAAUGGAGGGAAAAGAUUUAAAUCAGGUCCAGUUUCUGAUCAAGAAAUAUUAGAUGCUUGGGAAAAUAAUCAAUUGGAUAGGUUUUCAGUGGAUCAAUUGAAGGCAUUUAGAAGAAAAUAUCCUGAUGUCAAAUCAGCUAAUAAGAAAGCUGACUUGAUUGAAAAUAUCAGUGAGUUUAUAAGGACUCAUAGAAAAUGA